GUCACCAGGCCGGAACGGAGGUUGCGGCUCAGAGGUUCCAGGGAUUGGUACGGACCUUUAAUCGGUGCUGUACACCGGAACUGGAGCGCGGGGCGGUUUGUGUCUGGGAGGCGGAAGGAGCCGGAGGUUUAUUUGGAGGGAAAGUGGCGGCGGCUCCGGAACGUGGCCGUUGGCCUCUGGUACUUCAUGGCCGGCUCUUUGGACUUCAAAACCCAUGCGGACCAGGCAUGCAGAGCAGCAGAUGAGUUUGUCAACAUUUAUUAUGACACAAUGGACAAGAGGAGGAGAGUCUUAACAAAAUUAUACCUGGAUACAGCGAACCUAGUGUGGAAUGGAAAUGCAAUAUCAGGCCAUCAAGCACUCGCUGAAUUUUUUGAAAUGUUGCCUUCUAGUGAAUUUCAAGUAAACAUGCUGGAUUGUCAACCUGUUCAUGAACAAGCUACUCAAGGGCAGACCACUGUGCUUGUGGUCACCUGUGGAACAGUGAAAUUUGAAGGAAAUAAACAGCGAUACUUCAAUCAAAAUUUCUUGCUCACAGCACAAGUAGCCCCACAAAAUACCGUGUGGAAAAUUGCAAGUGAUUGUUUCCGCUUCCAGGACUGGGCCAGUUAAUUCAUGGUCUUAAAUAGGAAAUUGAUGAAUUGACACUGCUUUGGAUUUAAUUCUGGAAUUAAAUGGUGGAAGCGAUUAAGGAAUAAAAAGUACAAGAACUGUGUGAAGCAUUGUGACCAAAGUAACAAAAAGAGGGAAAGGGCACCUGGGAUCAUCCUCUCGUAAAGAAGCUUAUGGCCAUUGCAUAUGGUACUGAUAUUCAGUAUUUUGUAGGUAGUAUUUGACAACAGCACACCCUGCGGUCUAAAGUCUGUGAUUUUAAUAUGAAAUCUGACACUUAUUAUCACUUUUUCAUUUGCUUUGUAUACCAUGCUGUUUGAAACAGACUUCAGUAAAUAAAUUUAUUUGUUCCUGA